AUGUCCUCAGAAGAAAGGGAGGAUCUUAUCACAGGCCAGAAGUCCAAGGGGAAAGGGAAGGAGAAAGACAACUUUGGUGAUAGUGGCUUGGACCAGCCAUAUCUACCACGAGACUUAGCCGAGGUCUCAAAGUUCACGCGAAGAAUCGCAGAAGCACCUAUGCCCCCCAAGAGGAAGUUACCCCCAGGCUUUGACCGUUAUGAUGGAACAAGAGACCUCGAGGACCACCUGCAUGCCUUCUGGGGAGCGGGACAACUAGGAAGAUGGCCCAUGCCAGUAUGGUGCCACAUGUUCGUGCAAACCCUGACGGAGGGAUCCCGGCUUUGGUUUGACAGCCUUCCCCCAGGGAGAAUAGAUAGCUAUGAAGAGCUAAGCGAGAAGUUCCUCAGGAACUUUGGCCAACAGAGAAAAGUGGUUAAAAAUCCAAACGAGAUCCUUCACAUCAGACAAAGGGAUAACGAGCGAAUAGACCAGUACAUGGAGAGGUUUGUCAAGGAAAGCAUGAACAUCAAAGACGUCCCGGAGAUCAUGAAGAUCAGCAGUUUCAUAAACGGGUUGAAGCAUGCACAACUGUGUGAAAAGCUGGGAAAGGAAUUCCCCCACUCUUUCGACAAUCUUAUGGACAGAGUCAGGGCCUUUGUCGGGGGAAAAGAUACAGUCAGCAAAGCGAAGGAGACAAAUGUCACGCCUCGGAGGGUCACCCCAACUGCAAGGCCCCUUGAUAAAGGUACACCUUAUUCCCGGAAACCUGCCUUUGAUAGAAUGUUGCAUGACAGGGCAAGGCCCUCAUACUCCCCAUAUAGACCCCGAGGGAGGGGUCCCCCUCCUUUCUCCGAUAGCUUCACCCCUCUCACCAAGACCCCAAGUGAAAUACUGGCCACAGAAAGGAUAAAGAGCUCCUUCCCGAGGCCACCACCCAUAAAACCGGGACCGAAGGCACAACCGAACGAGUAUUGUGAUUUUCACAAAGGCUUUGGGCAUAAAACCGAUGACUGUAUGUACCUGAAAAGGGAAAUAGAAACCGCGGUAAAAACAGGGAGGUUGGCUCACUUGGUCAAGGAAAUCAAGAAGGGGGGAGGGGAUCGCAAGGGAAGAGAUGCAAGGGAGCCGGGGAGGGCAGAUGUUGAUAUGAUUAGAAGGAGGAACGAAUUCGAUACCACCCGAAGUGUAAAGGCCAGGAUCCUAGGCUCCCGAACUGCAUGA